AUGGAUUAUGAGGGAUGGUGUACUGAUUUUUUGAGCAUUAUUCUCUCACAACAGAAGCUCCAAUCACGAGUAUCAGAAUUUAUCGCUCAAAUUGAUGAAAUCAGAACAAAUGGUAAAUUAUUAGAACCAUUUUCUUCAGAAACAGAAGAUUUCAUUAAUAUUUUUUCGCAUAAGAUAAUCGAUAGGAUAUUAGCUAUAAAACCGUCAUCAAAUGCCUAUGCAAACAUGCUAAAUAGCAUCUUACAAUCUUAUAUCAAAUUAUCUCCUAAUUACAUCUUUUCUGAGAAUCAGAGAAUGAUGAACUCAGUCUAUAAAAUCAUUACAGCAUCCGAAAACCUGUUUUAUGACGAUUAUACUUCUGGAAUUUUAAGUUUUUCGACAAAUACAUCACCAUUAUUCAACGAAAACAGGAAAUUAUUUACGAGCACUAACUACUUAUCAGUUUGCAAUGAUCAUUAUUCGUCUGAUUCUCAGUUUGUUUUAGAAAUCGAUUCUAAAGUUUUGGAAAUUCUUCUUGAAUUCCAAUCAAACUGGAAUGAAGACUUACUAAUGAACAUCCUAGAAAACUACUCAGACAAGCUAAUUGCCUUUGUCGACAAGUUAAAUGGAAAAAAGAUCCGAGAUGCGAACGAUAAAUCCAUAAUGCAUUGUUUUUCAUUACUUAUCGACUAUUUAGGCGACUCUACACUAUCAGAUGACCUCAUUGAUAGCAGAUUCGAACUCUGCAUCAGAAUGUUAAAAUCUGAGUUCCUUUCUAAGCAAUUUUCCGCAUUACAAGUACUCAUGGCCGGCAAGCCUCUUACUAGAAACCAAAUUGACAUGGUUAGACAUGAGUUUAUCAUUGAUUCAAUUUUGGAAAAUCUUCAUCAAGAGACUAUACAUGGUUUUGCAUGGCUUUUCAAGUCAUUGUUACGAUUAGGACACACAGAGAACAGAAUCAUUGAGUCAUUUUGGUUCAGAACCAUAACUCAACCUUCAUAUUGUAUUGAAUACUUUACAAAAGAAUGGAACACGAUUGUUCCUGUUAUUCCUGACGACCAAAUUGAUUUCUUCUGGAAAACAGUGUCAAAUUCCAAAAUUUUGCCAAUCCAAGUUUUACAAUUUUUGAUUGACGUCAAAGAACACGUUCCAGAAGCGAACAAACUUGAUGUAUUCCACAGAUUGUUCAAUUCUAGUGACAAUCAGACCAAAAAUUACUCAGAUAUUCUUUGUAAAACUGUAAUUCAUUAUAUUCCUAACGACGAAGCCACGAAACAGACGAUACAGAAUAUGUGUCUCUCAUUACUUGAAGAAAACAGGAACGUUGCACCCGCAAUGUCAUGUUUGAAAUUAUUAUGCAAAGAUUUCGAUCAAGAGCACGCGCAAGUCAUAGUCAGGAAGAUCAUUAACAACGCAAAGAACCUGAGAGCCAUAUCAACAUAUCUUUUAGACUUGAUCAGCGCGUUAUUAGGAAGAUUUAAUUCCGAAAUCACAAUGGAAGACUACAAUUUGAUCAAAAAGUGUUUUAAUUCAUCAUUGGAUGUCGCUCCCGAGCAUCUUGAGAAGUUUUUGAACAAUCCUUACAUUGUUUCAAAUAAUAUUUUGAAUUUGGACAUGAAAAUCAAUUAUUUCCAAUCAUUGACACGAAAGAAAUCAUUAGAUCCUGGUUAUAUUAAGUUAGUUUUCACUUUCUUUAACUUAAUUAACAAAUCUAAUUUUGAUUCUCGAUUUGUCAAGUGUCAGACCCUUGAUUUACAUUGUAUUGAUGGCAUGUGGGUGUUUCUCAAUACAACAGGAUCACAAGAUGUCGUUGAAAGGAUUUGUCAAAUAUAUAAUUUCUCAUCAGAUCCAAAAAACAUCGAGAAAUUCAUAGAACAAGUCACAAAAGACCCGAUUGACCAUAACAAGAUAAAUUGUUUGGAAACAAUGAUGAUCAAAAAAGAAUCAUUGAUAACAGGAAGAAAUCAAAAUAGAUGGGAUAAUGAUUCAACAAAACAAAAAGUGCCAGUUACAGGAGAUUUCACUGGUUUGCUUCUUCUUCCUGAAACAAUCGCAAGUGAUGACUUGAAAAAGAUAUUUUCUGAAAUGUUCGGCUGUUUGACAGAAAAUUUGACACUAAAAAUUGACAAAAAAGUUUGUUUUGGAGUUGUAAACCUCUCAAAUCAAACAAUGAUCGAAAUCAAAACUAAAAACAGCUUGAAGUUUGAAAAUAUCAUUUUUCCAAGUCAAGUUUUGUCAAAAAGCGGUUUGUAUCGUCGUCUUUUACCAUUUUUAUCAUCAGGGGAUGAAAAAAUCGAAGAAAAAACUUUGAAUGUUUUGAACAUGUUGCCGACAAUUAAAGAAAUAAUUGAUGAACUAAAUUCAGAGAAACCGCCAUGGCAAACGAUAUUCAACAAGUCACAGAAAUCAAAAUUGAGUUAUUAUCUCAUGACGAUAGGAAAACUAACAUCUACAGAACAAUACACGAAUAAGUUCUUUGUCAAUGGCGGUGUCAUGGCUUUCUUCGAUACUUUGUUCUAUGACAAAGAUUUCUGUGGUUUGAGUUUGAUAACGAAAAUACUUCAGACAAUUUUGACGGCUCCUGUUGGUCCUGCAGCUGAAAUUGAAAGAGGAACAAUGUUGGCAAAUUUAUCAAAAGAAAAAGUGAUAUUUAUAUAUGACAUGAUUUCGGAGUUAGUUUUUUCUGAUGAAAACGCUGCUGAGAAAAUUUUUAAUUUUGUUUUGUUGGCCGGCCAAACAAAUUCUGACAUCGUUGAAAAUCCGUCACUUUUUAAUUUAAUCAAAUCCACAAUUUUCCACAAAAACCAAAUUUUUAGGAAUUUGAUUUCUAAAUUGGUUCAUCUUAGAAAAGUGACAAUGUCAGAUUUCCUACCAUUUUUAACAUUAUCUAAGAAUAGUUAUUGUACAGUUUAUUUCAACAUUUUGAAGGAAUGUUCGAUGAAAGGAACAAAAGAAGAUUUCACAAAAAUUGUUUCUUUCUUUAAAGAGCAAUUUCCUUCUUCAAAUGAAUUCAUUGAUCAAUUGGAUGUCAAAUACAUGCCAAUAGAGUUUAUCGAUGGAAUAAUUAACUCUCUAAUCAUGUUCCCAAAGGAAUCAAUGUCAGAUCAAUUGAAGUUAAUGAAAUUUAUCGUUAAUAACGUGCUUCUUAAUUCAUGUCACUUUUACAAUGUCAGUUCAAUUUACAGAUUAUUAAUUGAACUGUCAAAAGACGAUACAUCUGUCAAAAGUGAACUGUUGAAGAUAUUAAGUGUUUAUCACAAAUCCUUUGAUAACGAGAACACGAAUCAAAUACUGAUGAAUCAUUCCGAGAACAAAUUCAGAGGACUUAAAAAUCUUGGAGCAACAUGUUACAUGAAUUCCGCUUUGCAAGUUUUGUUUAACAUUCCUGAGUUUUCUAAUACAUUAUUAGAGAGUAAUAUAAAGAAAAACAAGGAUGAAUGGUUGGAAAGACUCCAAAUUUUGUUUGCAAAAAUGAAGUAUUUCCCUGAUUCUGUAAUUGACACUUCUAAAUUUGCUGAAAAAUGGUUGGAUUUCGAUAAACAACCAAUAGAUGUAAGCAAACAAGAAGACUCCUUGGAAUUCCUGCAAAUGGUUUUAGAUAAAGCAAAUGACAAUUUGCCAGGAAUUGCAAACAAAUUCACCGGCCAAAUUGUGUCAGAAAUCAAAGGAGUAACAACAGAAUUCAAAACAGAAACUUAUGAAAAUUUCACAGUUUUCGCCGCAGAAAUUGAGAACAAAAAGGAUUUCAAUGAUUUAUUUAGUUCAUUCUUGUCUCCAAACACUUUCUCUGGAUCUAAUAAAUAUCUGGCAGAAGGAAUUGGAAAAAUUGAUGCAACUCAAACACAGUUCAUCAAAAUUUUGCCAGAAAUUCUGAUAAUUCAAUUAAAACGGUUUAAUUUUGACAUGUCACUUGGUCAGAGACAAAAAAUUUCAUCGAGUUUCGAAUAUCCUCUUGAAUUAGAUUUAUCACAAAUAACAAAACAAGACAACGAAGAAGAAGAUGAGCAAGAAACAAAAUACAAACUAGAAAGUAUCAUUUGUCAUUACGGAACAGCGCAAUCAGGUCAUUACAUCAGUUACAUAAAGAAAUCAGUUGAAGCAGAUGACGAAAAAACGCAAGAAAAAUGGUUUUUGUUCAAUGACAGUUUAGUUUCGGAAUUCAAAGGAGAUUUAGUAAAAGAAACAAAAGGAACAGAAUCAAUGCAUUACGAAGUAAGUUGGGGAAGUGGAAAACCUUCUGCUUACGUUUUAAUUUAUAGAAGAAAUGAUGUAGUUCCUGAAAAAUUGAAAGCAAAUAAAAUUUCAAAAAGUGUCAUUGAUGUCAUAAAACCCAUGCUUUCCAAAGCAAUUUUAUUCAAUAUCCUGACAUCCAAUGAAUACUGCGAAUUCAUAUUGGAAGUGUGCGACGAAGGAGACAUUUUAUUUGAGUAUUUAACGAAAUGUUUGACGACGAUUACUAAAUCAAAAAUUUUGGAUUUGAUACAGAAUAAAUUGCAGAAUUUAGCGAAUGGAAAAGAAUUCGCGAAUUAUAUUCUCAGCAAAUACGAUUCGCAUUUCAAUUGUUUACUUAAGAGUCCUUCCAAAGAAAUGAGGAAUUGUUAUGCAGAAGUUUUAUGUCGAGCAAUGCAAACAGCGGAUUCAAAAGAUGUUGAAGAAAUGUUGAAUUAUUUGACAUCGAAAUUUGACGAAAUUAUGAAAUAUUGGCAGAAUUUCGAUGAAUUCUUUUUACCUUUCUUGCAAUCGGUAACAUUAAGUUGUUCUAAUGAAUCAAAACUUAUUCCUUUAUUCUUUGAUUUUCUUGUGAAAACAAUUCCUGAAUAUGCAAAUCAAAACAAAGAAUUUUCUUAUCAAAGAAUUAAUUUGAGUUCUGUUUUUAAGUUGUUGUUUGUUUUGUUGAGUUCCCCACAACUAAGAUCCAAUUACCAGAAGACUGUUUUCAACUCAAACUUCUUGGAUAAUUGGUUCCAAUCAACUUACCACGCUUUGGCUUUUUCGCAGCUUUUGAGAAGUUUCGUAAUUGAAAACAAAGAUUUGUCACAGACUUUCUUCGAUUUCUUCUCACAAAACGCUGACCAGUUGAGUCCACAAGCUGCUGCAGGCCAUUUCUCUGUUAUUAUAGCUUCAAACACUGAUCAAACAUCAUCCCAAAUUGGUUGGGUUUUUAAAUUUUUAUUAACAAAAAGUGACAAUUAUAUUACACAAUUUUUGAGUUCUUUAGAAGAGAAAAUCACUGAAAGCCACAUUGAUUUCAUUAAUGCCGUAUUGAAUUAUGUUAAUAUUUGGUGCAAUAACUGGUUAUUCUCAGAAAAUCCGUUUUUAAGAAAGGAAACGAAGAAAUUCGUGAUAAAUGUCUUUGAUUCACAAAACGCGAAUCAAAGAGUAUCAACAUUAGUUGAUAAACUUCUAGAAAAACUUCCUGAAUUAUCUAAAUUAUGUCUGCAAAUUAAAUACAGACAAGAUUUUGUUCAAAAACAAAUUCCUGCAACAACAUUUUAUAAAUUGUUGAAAUGGUGUUCGCAAAAACAAAUUUGCUACAACAAAUUUGUGGAAAAAUCAAAAUUAUUAUGUGAUAAUUUGAUACAAAUAAAGAAUUUGAGAUCGAAACACUUCAAUAACCUUCUGGAAUUGAUAAUUAAAACAAUUCCAAGUCAAGUUUUCUUCAGAAAAGUUGAUUGUUAUCGAUUUUUGUCUGCGUUUGAUUCUUUUAGGUCUUUCAGUGAUGAAACAAUUGACAUUGCAAUUAAUUCAUUGAAUUACGCAAGAGCAGAUAAUUCUUUAACUGUUUCUUCAUCAGUUUUGCUUCAAAACGCAAUUAAUUCUAUACUUUUGAAUGUUAAUUGUUCAUCUUUGAAAUCGUAUCAAGAACUUAAUUUAAUUUGUAGAUCUUUAGUUAAUGAAGAAACUACCGCUAACAAUGUAGCAAAGUUUUUGUUCGGUUCUCCUAAUUUCCAUGAAAUAUUUGAUGAAAAUUUGACAAAUCCGUUGGAUUUGACACUUUAUUUAUUGCGAGAAUAUCCUGAAACAUCUUUAAUUUUCAUGCAGUCGAAAGCGAACGAAUUUGUUCACAAGUUCACUCUUGAAAACAUGGAUGUUCAGACAGGAUUUGUUGUUCUUAGAGAAUGGACAGAUUCAUUCAAGACAGAAACAAUAAACAAAAGAGAUUGGUUCAGAAGACCUUUGAUUCAACCAAUUAUUUUGUUUUGGCAGAAAAGUGAACUUAUUUCUGAAAUUUGUCAGCGAUUGACGAAACCUUUUACGAAUAUCCACGAUUCUGAUGAGAUGAUCAACCUUCUUGUCUGUUUGGCGAUGCUUUCUCCUUCAAUUGCAUCGAUUGUAAUUUCAGAACUUUCGAAAUCGAAAGAAAAAAUUGAUUUUACAAAUGAAAAAAUAUCAGUUUUGAUUUCAAUGGCUGUUUUGGAAACACCAGAGAGUUCGAUUUCAUUCUUAACUGAUAUAAUUCCAUCAGCUCCUGCUUUUGUCAAAUCAAUGCUUUCAAGAGCUUUGGCAAGAGUCAAAGCAAUCUUAUAA